CCCCAAAUCCACCCGCACCCAAUUUCAUUUGCCACCGCCCUGCGCAGCGCCCACUCGCCGGGACAAUCCCACCGCCACCGCUGCCGCCAUGAGGGAGAUGAAGCGAGGAGUAAACGAAGACUACGACGCCCCGCGCUGCCCCCCGCAUCCUCGGUUCGUCCGCGGGCUCUGCUUCCUGUGCGGGAUGAAGGAGGAGGCCACGGAAGGAGGUGCUCUCGCAGUCGCCGUUGGGCGCCAGAUGAUGAAGGAAGAAGGCGACGGCCACGGCAACGACGACCCCGCGCGCUUCCCUGCACACCCUGAGAUCGUCCUGGGUCUCAGCUACCGGUGCGGAGCGACGGAGGAGGACGCGGGAGGAAGCGCCUCCGGAGUCACGGUCGCGAACAUCGACCGGGCCCUGGUGCUCCCAGGUUGUGCGGCGGCGACGAGCACUGCGGGCGCGUCCGACCUGGCGACCCUGUUCCGCGAGAGGAAGCUAAUCCUCGUCCUGGACCUGGACCGCACGCUGCUCAACUCGGCGAGGCUCGACGCCUUCUCCGUGGGCGAAGAAUGGUUCGGGUUCACGCCCGAUACCGGCGACAAGGUCGACAUGGACAUCUUCCGGCUGGACUCCGACAACCUUGGCAUGCUCACCAAGCUGCGGCCGUUCGUGCGAGGCUCCAUGUUCGAGAUGCACUUGUACACCCUGGGGAAUCUGGUCUACGCGAAGGCGGCCAUCCACCUGCUGGACCCGAACGGCGUCUACUUCGGCGGCAGAGUCGUGUCAAGGGACGACGAGUCGACCCAGGGGGGCACGAAGAGCCUCGACGUCAUCCCAGGCGCCGACCCCGUCGCGGCGGUGAUCCUCGACGCGCUCGACGACACGGACGUUGCCUGGCCGGAGCACCAGGACAACCUCAUCCUCACGAACAGGUACCGCUACUUCGCCUCCACCUGCCGCAAGUCGCGCCACGACAUCCCGUCCCUGGCGGAGCUGCGCCGCGACGAGAAGGGGGAGCACGGCGGCUCGCUGGCCGUGGCGCUGGGCGUCCUGAAGCGCGUCCACGACGCCUUCUUCGAUGGCCGUCCCCACGCGGACGUCAGGGAGGUGAUCGCGGAGUUGCGGGGGCAGGUGCUGCGCGGGUGCACGGUGGCGUUCAGCUACCUGGAGCAACGUAUGGAGGACUCCCCCGACGACACCCGCUUGUGGACAUUGGCCGAGCGGCUCGGCGCCGUGUGCAGGAAAGACGUCGACGAGACGGUCACCCAUGUCGUUGCGGAGGAUCCGGGGACCCAGAAGGCGCAGUGGGCGCGGGAGCACGGCAAGUUUCUCGUCAACCCGGAGUGGAUCAAGGCGGCGAGUUUCCGGUGGUGCCGGCAAGACCCGCAAGAGUUCCCAGUGACCGCCAAGCGCGUCGUGCUGGAGCCAAUCGAACUGGUAGCGGCGGUGGCAUUGUGUUGCCUGCCGGAGCGGCUGGAACGAAACCACGAGCAUUGAAUGCCUCAAAUCGUUGGGGUUUACCUAGGUACGAAACUGAUUGCUGAGAAUUGUUGCAGCGGCUAAUCUUUGUUGAUUUCACUCCGGCUAAUCUUUGUUGUUGGAAAAAACCGUAGUAGUGAGUGUCUGGAUUCAGUAGCUUGAGCUGAACGUCAUUCUGUUCAUUUCCUGUCAGGUGUUCGAUUACAGCACCGAGUUUGAACAAUGAAAUCAUCUUGAAGCUGUUAAUGAUGCAGUGCACUUUCUAUCUCUGUUAGAAUGCAUAUAUUUUGAUGA